UUACUUCUAUAAGAAACUCCCCCACUCAAGUGGACCGCUUAUUUCUCUCUCUCAUCAUUUCUACAAUUCUACCCACUCCUCACUCCUCACUCACGCACUCACUCACGCACUGCGUGUGCUGUGGUGCACUGGUGUGGUGUUUUGAGAUAAGAGGAGUAUUUAUUUUUGUUUUUGUUAAGGUAAAUAAAUGGGGGCAGACCCUAAUUCUAACGGAUUUGGAAUUGGAAUUGGAAUUGGAAUUGGGAAUGGGAAUGAAGAUAAAGCUCCUGUAGUUUUGGGUCUUCAACCAUCUGCUCUUGUUGAUUAUGUAGCAAAGGUUGAUUGGUCUUUGCUUAAUCUUAUUUCUGGUGAAAAGGGUGGUUCUAUUCCGGUCGCAUGGACGGAUGUGGACCACAUUCUCAAGGAGGUCAAAAUGCAUAUAACCCCAUCUGAAGAUGACCCGUCUACCUUUAAGACUCUCGGUGGAGGUAGUGUAGCAAAUACAAUUCGAGGUUUGUCCGCAUGCUUUGGCAUAAGUUCUGGUCUUGUUGGUGCAUGUGGUGAUGACGAGCAAGGGAAGUUGUUUAUACAUAACAUGAACUCUAAAGAUGUUGAUUUGUCAAGAUUGAGAACAAAGAAGGAAGCCACUGCCCAAUGCGUCUGCUUGGUUGAUGCAGUUGGUAAUCGUACAAUGCGGCCAUGCCUUUCACAGGCUGCUAGACUUAAGGCUGAUGAGUUGAGUGAAGAUAACUUCAGGGGCUCUAAGUGGUUGGUUAUGAGAUUUGCAGCAAUCAAUUUUGAACUUAUACAUGCUGCUGUUAAGAUAGCCAAACGGGAUGGACUUCUUGUCUCCUUGGACUUGGCUAGUUUUGAGAUGGUACGAAGUCAUAAGUUAGCUUUGAUAGAACUGCUUGAAUCUGGAGAUAUUGAUCUCUGUUUUGCCAAUGAAGAUGAAGCGAUGGAAGUUGUGAGGGGUAAACAAGACACAGGCCCUGAAGCUGCUCUUGAUUAUCUAGCCACGCAUUGCCAAUGGGCUGUUGUAACGCUUGGCUCCAAGGGUUGCAUUGCUAAGAAUGGCAAGGAGGUUUGUCUGGUCUACUCAGAUAAAAUGACGGUGAAGCUCUCAGCCAUAGGGGAAGCACAACCAUGUGAUGCCACAGGAGCCGGUGACCUCUUUGCCAGUGGGUUCAUAUAUGGUUUAAUCAAAGGUUUAUCCCUAGAAGACUGCUGUAAAGUGGGCACAUGUAGUGGCGGGUCUGUUAUCCGUUCACUCGGGGGUGAUGUAACUCCAGAAAAUCGUCAAUGGAUGUACAAGCAGAUGCAGAUCAAGGAUCUUCCUGUUCCUAAAAUUUACGUAUGAGGUAUGAUACGAAAACAUGGAAAGGUACUGUGAGUCUUACAGAUCCACAUCUUGGUUAAUCCUGGAUUAAAGCACCUUCAUAUGACUGCUUUUAGGUGUGCCCUCCUAUGAACAGGCUGACUUUGUGGUGCUGUAAACUUCAGGGCAUGAGGGUAAAAGUCGAUGAGUUUUUGUAACAUUUUUUCCUUGUUAGCUGAAGAAAAAACAUCACCUAUUAAUAAAAAUUCCCAUUUCUAUUUUUAUACCA